ACUAGCACCCCGCUUUGAAAUCGAAACGCGGCAUUUAUUCCUCGACUUUCGAAGAUUGCAUAAGUAUGCGUAUUAUAACGAAUACCGGUGUGAGUAUCUAAAGUACGGUAUAAUAUUUUAUGGUCAUAAACAACAAACAACGGCCGUGAACGGUACUUUCGCCUAUUCGACUGCAGAGUAAUUGUCAAAGGGCGCCGCACCGGCAAUCGCUGACGAAUAGAGUUAUUGUUUACCUUGCAGCUCGUAGCGCGCGACAAUUGACAGUCGAUGCAGGAGAUCAGUUCAGCUAAGCGCAUGGCUAGUACCUACAGUUUUACACGUACUAAGUAUACUCUGCAGCAACAAUACUUCCGAGUUUUUGUUAGAUUCCAGGCAUUUGUUAUAUACCUAGCUAGAAAUUGUAACUAUCUCAACUCAGUUUGGCGUGCAGCGAUGAUUUUUUUCUAGCUACGCAUUGUUGUAGUAUAACGUACUAUUAACGACUUUACAAAAAAUCGUUCAAAGAAGUAAUCAUGGAGAUUGAAGUGGAACCUCAUAAUGAGGGUGAUCAUACGAAAUGUUACUCGCCUCUCACGAUUUUGAAUGGCAAAUUAUUUACGUUGCGCAGAGUCAAUGGGCACGAAAUCUCAGCUAUUUGUCGGAUCUGCCAAAGGGAAAAGCGUGCGGCUAACAAAACAAUAUUCAGUGCUACAAUAUACUGCACGUCCAACUUAAGAAUCCAUUACAUUAACCAUCAUCCACAGAAACUUGCCAAAUUCGAUAAAAAAUUUUACUCGCAACAUUCUGGAGACUGCUUCAAGCAUGUUAAGGGUAUUAAUGUGAAGCAAAGAAAAUUUGAUGCUGCGCUUACAAAUUUCCUAGUUGUGAGUAUGAGACCUGUAAGUGAGGUAGAAGACAGAUCAUUUCAGCAAUUGGUUGCAGAAUGCGAUAAUAGAAUGAAAGUCAUGAGUAAACAAAUGGUGACCAAUGCAAUGAAAGAGAAAAUGCACGUACUAGUGACAAAGUUGAUAGAAACUCUUGAUAAUACGUCAUAUUUAUCAUUAUCUUAUACAUUAUCAAAAGUUCAACCACAUAUUUUUGUAGCGACAGUAAUUUGCCAUUGGAUAGCCAUUGAUUUGCAACGAAGAAGUGCUAUACUAACCAGUGAAAUAGUUAGCGAAGAACUCAAAUUAAGAGAUUUUGUAGAUCUGUUGUUCGAUGUAAUGGAAGUUUAUCAAAUCCAUGCAUAUAAGUUAAAAACAAUAAUCAUUAACGAAGCUGUGCAGUACAAAGAAGAUCUUGAAUUAUUCAUGUAUGAUUCAUUUGAAAAUUUGACUGAAGAAGAGAAGAGUUGCAUAGAGAAACCAAUGGUUGAGCGCAAAAGUAUGAAAUGGGGCAAAAAAAUAUUCACCAUGACUGACCCAAAUUUCAGUAUAUCAAAAAGUCAUUUGUUGAAUAAAUUUAUCUUGAGGAACUUGCUAAAUGUCAUAAAAAAUAUUCCUGGAUUUGACAUUCACUAUCUAGUUUUCAAGAAGUGCACUAAAUUCUGGAAUGCUAUAAGAGAUGAAAAAGCAUCAGCCAGUGUUCUAUGUGGUUUUAAUAUGGAAUUAAAGUAUCCAAAUUCAUCAAGUUUUAUCUACUUAUUUGAAGCCAUUGAUGAUGUACUAGAAAACCAAGACAGAAUGAAUAUGAUAAGUGAAAAAAUGAAUAUUGGAGUGACAUUUGAAGAAAAAGAUUUUGAAUAUUUGAGACAACUAAAAUAUUUGUUGAAGCCGUUUUAUGAGGCUCUAUAUCAAAUAGAAAAUAAUCCAGGAAGUUUUUUAGGUUCUUUCAUGCCCAUUUUAUUCGCUCUGAAUAACACAUUGCUGCAUUUGAAUGGAAAUAAGAUGAUCUUUUUUUCUGCUGCCUUACCACAAAUAGUUGAGGAGUUUAAUGAAAAUUUCAAAGAUUAUUUGCAAUUUUUGCCAGAUGUAACUAGCGAGAUCGUCGCUGCUUGCCUUCAUCCCAAGUAUAAAUUAGGCUGGAUUCCAGAAAAUAAACAAGAAGAAAUAAAAAAUUUAUGUAUAGAAGUUCUUUGUAAUGAUAAGGAAUUCAUGGCUAAUGCAAUGGAACGAUGUGAUCCUGUUGACAGAGAGAUUCUCUCUUUCAAGAAAGAAGAAGUAAUGAUCAACAGAGUCAAAUCAAGUGCUCUUUCGUAUUUCCAAACAAAGGAAGUAAAUUUGGCUAUUUUGUUGGAAUCACCAUUCAUCUAUGAAGCCUUUCUUAAAUAUAACGUUUGCGUUUCAUCGUCAUUGCCAACGACACAAAAUUUAAUAAAAUCUGGAAUUGAUUUAUUACCACAGCACCAAGAUAUUCCGAAAGACUUUCUUCACAUUUAUUUGAUGUUGAAGGCUCACGCAGAUGAAGAAAAUUAAAAAAAAAUGCAUGAUGCUGAUACAUUUUUUAUUAUUCUUAAUAUGUCAUAUUUAAUGGUUAUUAUUGAAAAAACUGUGGAUGCUUUAUAGACAGUAUUGAUCCUACACACACA